GGGGACACGGCCCCUAUAGAGUGGGUUGGUGAACUGACAGGGUUUACUCCAGUACACUCUGCUGCGUGCGUAGGGGAGUUGACAGAGACCGAAGGGUAGACUAUAAGAGGAGGAACGUUGACGUGUACAGAGGACGUAUCAGCACGGCGUUGAGUGAGGUUCACACAUACAAACCAGCAAGAUGAAGAUAGUGAUGUUGGCUGUGGCUCUGGCCCUGCUGUUGGCUAGUGGUGAAGCACUGGACUGUCUGCGCUGUGUGCCAACUAAGGCAGGAAGAGACUGUGAGGUGACAGUAGAAACCUGCCCCCCAGAGAAGGACGGAUGUUCAGCCGCCAAGUUCCUCAGAGCACCAUUUGGCCAUUUCCAGAGAUGCAUGGACAUGUCGGGCUGUAAGCAGUUCCAAACCAACGCUUACAUCAACAUGAAGUGUUGUGGCACUGACAAGUGCAACACGUUCUAGAAUCUAUAUACUGGUUAACGUUCUAGAAUCUAUAUACUGGUUAACGUUCUAGAAUCUAUAUACUGGUUCACAUUCUAGAAUCUAUAUACUGGUUCACAUUCUAGAAUCUAUAUACUGGUUCACAUUCUAGAAUCUAUAUACUGGUUCACAUUCUAGAAUCUAUAUACUGGUUCACAUUCUAGAAUCUAUAUAGUGGUUCACAUUCUAGAAUCUAUAUAGUGGUUCACAUUCUAGACCAGGGGUAUUCAAAUCCUUCCAUGGAGGUCUGGAGUACUGCUGGUUUUCUGUUCUACCUGAUAAUUCAUUGUUCCCACCUGGUGUCUAAAUCAGUCACUGAUUAGAAAUGGAAUAAAUAAAAACAGAGGAACUGGCUUUGAUUUUGGAGUUAAGGGUUCUAUCUAGACCAAUAUUUCUCUACUUUAUAACAUCCUGAUUCAGUUCAUUGAAGAGAGGAGGUAGAGCAUCCACCAGGCAAACCAUCAGAUCAACCAUCACAACAUCAACCAUCACAACAUCAACCGUCACAUCAACUAUCACAACAUCAACCAUCACAACACAAAACAUCACAUCAACCACUCAAAUAUGUCUGAUAUUUACAAAACAAACGUGAAUAAUUAUUCGACUUAAAAUAAACCAAAACCUUAACCA